AUGAUUACCGAGGCCAAAGAGGCCAAGGGUCUUUCUAAAGACCUGAUUGCUGACCUUCAUCCAAACCGGCCAGAUUAUCGGGGGUUCUCGAUUGGCGAGAACAUCAUCUCCUUGCAGGCGGACCCGUCCUUUGAAGAACUUGAAGCUGCCGGUGCGACGGUCCAGAAACACGAUAGCGCGCAUACUGUGCUGGACGACUUCUUCCUCAUCUCCGGCGAGAUACCAAGGCGGACACCAUACGAGGCGGGCCUAAAGCAUGGAAUGCGGUUCGACAAAGAGGAUAAUGAAUGGACAUCGGACGAGGCCAUAGCUGAUGAGCGAUUCAUCAUGUGCAAUGUCAAAGCAGACAAGGGAAUCGUCAUGCUGACUGGCUGCAGCCACGCUGGAGUCGUCAACUGCACUCAACAUGCACUUGAACUUGCGGGGGGUUCCAUCCCUCUGCAUGCUGUGAUUGGGGGCUUUCAUCUGGCUACGAGCGACGCAAAUCAGAUUGAAAGGAGCAUUAAAGACCUACUGAAAUUUGACCCUGCAGUGCUUCUGCCAGGUCACUGCACGGGCUGGAGGGCCAAAUUCGCUAUUGAGAAGCGGCAGCCCGGGCUGCUCGUUCCAUGCUCCGUAGGUUAUAACAUCACAUUUUAG